AUUCACGCACUACAAUUUGAAAAUCCGUGUUCACAGAGUGAGCAGAAGCUGCACGGAGAGAGCAAGAAAGACAAAGAUUGGGACAGAAUCUGUUAAGAACAAAGCAGCUUGUAUUUGGCAAAAGGUUGCAGCAAUGCUAAGCGGGGAGGACGGAGCUCAGCUGCAGUGCGUCGUGGCGGUGGAGCAGUUGAACAACGCUGGCCAGGCCACCCGGAGGCAGCUCAUCCGUAAAGCUUCUGUUCUUCUGGGCCGGAAUGAGUUCCAGGAGAUUAUCCUCAGAGUCCACGACGGAAAAGUCCCCCAAAAUUACCACCUAAAAGAAUUCAAACUCUUCACAAAAUUCGCCAGGGAGGGCAAGUGCACCAUCAAACUGCUGCCUGAAAACAUCCAGGUGCUCAUCUCCAACUGCCCCCCUGACCGCUUGAACCUCUUCCUCAAAACUCUGAGCAUCAAACACCAGGCCCAGGUGAGCAGCAAGCCCAUGAGCGGCCGAGAGAAGCUCAAAGCCUGUCUGCCCCGCAGCUUUGAGGCCAUCAGCCCCCUGCAGCAAAAGGAUAUCCAGAAGGUGAAUGAGCUGAGGAGCAAAGAGGCUCCUAAGGGGCUGACGGACCGCACAAAUAAGACGACUGUGGCAGGAACUGGACAGCAGGUCAAAAGGUCGAGGAGCGACACUAACUUCAGCCCAGUGAAGGCCAACCCGAGCAAAAAGCCCAUCCUGUCUCUGCCGUCACGUAAGCUUAAUAAAGAACAGGCGGCUGUCCUAAGCGCUGUGCUGAGUGGCAAAAAUGUCUUCUUCACUGGCAGUGCAGGUACAGGAAAGUCCUUCUUACUGAAGAGAAUCAUGGGAUCUCUUCCUCCAAAGAGCACCUUCGCCACAGCCAGCACAGGAGUGGCUGCGUGUCACAUCGGAGGCACAACGUUGCACAACUUUGCUGGUAUCGGCUCCGGCUCGGCCCCGCUGGAGCAGUGCAUCGAGCUGGCCCAGCGCCCCGGGGUGCUGCAACACUGGACCAGCUGUCGACACCUCGUCAUCGACGAGGUCUCCAUGGUGGAGGCUCAGUUCUUCGACAAGCUCGAAUCGGUGGCAAGGUCGGUGAGGAGGUCUACUGCGCCGUUCGGAGGCAUCCAGCUGAUCGUGUGUGGUGACUUCCUCCAGCUGCCUCCUGUUUCCAAGGGAAAGGAAAAGGCCAGCUUCUGCUUCCAGGCCAGGAGUUGGCGAAAGGUUAUCCAGGUCAAUAUGGAGCUAAUGGAGGUGCGGCGGCAAACUGACCAGUCCUUCAUCUCCCUCCUGCAGGCAGUGAGGGUGGGCAGGGUGACGGAGGAAGUCACGGCGAAGCUGAUGGAAAGCGCCUACCAUCACAUCGAGAGAGACGGCAUUCUAGCGACCAGGCUGUGCACACACAAGGAUGAUGUCGAGCUCACAAACGAGAACAAACUCCAGCAGCUGCCAGGGUCGGUGCGUGUGUUUGAGGCUCUGGACAGCGACCCUGCUCUGGCUAGGACCAUCGACGCUCACAGCCCCGUCAGCAGACUGAUCCAACUCAAAGUGGGAGCUCAGGUCAUGCUGACGAAGAACCUGGAUGUGGCUCGAGGUCUGGUGAACGGAGCUCGAGGGGUUGUCGUGGCUUUUGAAUCUGGAAAACAUGGACUCCCACGUGUGCGUUUCCUGUGUGGCGUCACAGAGGUGCUGAAGACCGAGCGGUGGGUGUUUAAGUCCGGCGGAGGGAUCCACCUGAGUCGACAGCAGCUGCCACUCAAACUGGCCUGGGCCAUCUCCAUCCACAAGAGCCAGGGAAUGACACUUGACUGUGUGGAGAUCUCUCUGGCACGCGUGUUUGAGAGCGGCCAGGCUUACGUGGCCUUGUCUCGGGCUCGGAGCCUGGAGGGUCUGAGGGUCAUGGACUUUAACCCCAGCGUGGUCCGGGCAGAUCCAGACGUCCUCGUUUUUUAUAAAAAACUCAGGAAGGAGAGGCUCCUCAUGCAGGCCUCCAUGGAUGAUUUUCUUGGCAGCAAAGAAAACUUUUAGUAAGAAGGUGAAUUCAUCUUCAUCUCUCUGACAUUAUGCACUGUGUGCAUCAUCCUGUUUUGGACCAUUUGGUUUUCUUAAAUGACUGCAGCCACAGACAUCUACAAUCACAGUCUACCUCCGUUUUAACCGGCAGCACUUGAACUCACACUGCCACCUUUUGGUACUUUUUUAAGAGCUUAUUUUUUUAUUUUAAUUUAUUAUCAUGGUUGUUAUGUGUUCCAAUAAAGUUUUAGCCAACUUA